AUGGGCUUUAACCUUCCACUACCUGCACCCACUGAUCUUAGUUCUACCGAUAACGAAACGCACCUCCGAGACGACCUCGCCACGGACGUCUCAGCACGCACCGAUAAAUCAACCUACAGUAUUCCCGAAGACGGAACCCCCAUCACCAUCAACACCGUUAGAAAGAGCGGCCUACACAAGAGAUUUAGCCAGACCAGCUUGCUGAUCGAGUAUUUCGAAGGCGGCAAGGCCGAAGGCUCACACGUUAGCUCUCGCCCAAGCGUUCGAGUGCGCGUCACUCCAUCCUCGCGCAGCAAAAGCCAGGCCUCCAACGACAACGUCCAUUUCUCCCAGACGGCUCGGCACACCAGGAGGCCAUCUUACUCCCGCCGCAUAUCCUUCGGCGCCAACUCCCGUGUCGCUCGACCGACCAGCGAGGCAUUCUAUUCCGAGGACUCGAACGUCUCGUUUCUGCCACCUGCGCCACUCCAACUUGACCUGCUGGACGACAACGCCAGCGACAUUUCCGACGGCAGCGCUCGUGGACGAUACAUCCCCCCAAUGUCCGAUAUCUCAUCCAUGCCAGCUGAUAGCAUGCUGGAAGGAAACCCCGUAAUCAUGUCUCCCGGACGGCGCAGAAGCAGGAGUCUGGAGAGAGAAGAGGUGUUCAGCGAAAUCGCCCCCUCAGACACAUUAAAGGCACCGACGCGCCAACGGAGCAGAAGCCUGAGCAAAGAGCGCAUCACGCAGCGUGUCAUGGAGAAAUUGCAGCAGAAGCCCGUCGAGGCCGGCUCCAGCAAGACUUCAGCCACCAAAUCCAGCCGAGAGGAGCUCUCUGCGAGCAGGAAAUCGAGGCACAGAAGCAAGACGCUCCGCGACGAAGAAUUGAGCGGCAUCAGUGGGACCGACUCCAGCCUGCUGUCUUCCAACGUCAAUCGACGGUCCGGCGAUAUGUCCAACCGAUCCGCAUUGUCUGGCACCUCCUCCUCCAUUAACAACCCAAAGCUGCUCGCAACGGUUGAGGACGCAAUCAAACGCCUCAUCCUACCAGAGCUCAAUGCGCUCAAGGAAGAGCAGCGCACACAGAAGAAUUACAACAAAUUCGAUUCAACGUCCUCGCCCAGCAAGUACGAGACUGUCGACCCAGCAAGCCCACGAGAUACCUUGCGGCGACGAGUCUCCAAAUCAUCAAGUGCCCCGCACAUGCACGGUAACAAACCGAAAUUAGUACUCAAUCGAGACGGAGACGACCCGGGCACAGUACUCUCUACAGGCUCUAGCCGCCGAGAACGCCGAUCGAGCAGAGGCUCUACGUCCGACCGCAGCUACGCAGAAUCCACGAGAGAAGGCGAGAGAGUCCGCCAUAAGAAGAGCAGGGAUAAGGAUGGACAGUCGGCAAGGGACGCUGCCCUCAUCGGCUUGGGCGCUGCUGGAUUGACGGCUGCCGCUCUCCGCCACCACGAUUCUCGCGAGUCCAAGAUGGAGAAGAAGGAGCGAAGGCGCCGCCAUAGCCAUAGUCGAAGCAGUCGAAGCCGCACCGCAAGCAUAUCUGGGAGCCUCAAUGAGGAUGAACUCAGAGUCCCUCCGCUCCCGAUCCUCCAGAGCGAGCUGCAGGGCUCUGAGAUGACCCGGGAUUCGAUCCUGUCUGCUGCCACAGAGACUCGCGAGCGCCCAAGCUCUAGUUCCUCCAGGGACACAGGCAUGGAGACGCCUCUCCGAGACGUUCGUCGGGGAUACGCAUCUCCUUCACCUCGUACUCCCAACAGGACGCCAAUCUCCCUCUCUCGAGGUCUCGGAAUGUCCCACAGCAACAAAUCUCAUGGAGACGUCACCGGUCAGACACCCAAGAGCGACCGCAGCCAAUCGUCGCGCACAAAGGAUCCGUCUUCCGCUGGUCUCUCUGCUGCUGCCGCCGCCAAAGCUCGCGCGUUAGAGAGCACUCAGCCUCAGGUUUCCCAAUAUGAGAUUGCGGAUCAAUCACCCACCCGUGCUCUCAGUCCCAUCCAGAGUGAGGCUAGCUACAGGGAGGAGAUAACGACCGGCUCGCCACGUCUCCGCUCCAUACAUAGUGCUAAUUCGACUUCAUCCAUUGGCCGUAACAUUCGCCACGAAGCCUCCAAUGCUUCCAUAGCAUCAUUCGAAUCGACACCAAGCACCAAGGUGGCUCGUACACGGAAGCGCCCACAAGGUGUAAACCUGGAGCGUGGAAGCCAGAUCCUCGGUUCUCCAAAAACGCCCGGAGAUGCAGAUGAGUUUUUCGAGCAGGGCCACGAGCAGAAUGAUGCCCUAAGGAGAGAGAUUGAUAACAGCUCACAGGGUUCACCUGCGAUCGGUUACAAGCACAUGUCGAACUACACAGAUGACAGCGCGGAAGGUCAACACCUCGAUAGCCGGGAUGGCAAAGAAGUAAUCCUCACACAAGAGAUCCGCAAAGUUGGCUCCAACCCAGAAUACGUCCACACACCACUCGCAGUGGAGUCGGCUGUUGCGUCCCUCCUGGGGCCAUCUAGCAUCAGUGUCCGGUCCUCGAUGGCCAGCCCUAUCAAGAAGAGCGGGCUGUCGAAUGUUACUGCUGCUUACGAGGAUCCUUAUGAAGAGCACAUCGCCAGAGAGCAGGAGCUCGCCAGAGAGCAGGAGCAAUCCAGCAAAGAGCGGUGGGCGGCAAUCCGCGAGCAGGGUCAAGUGCUGGCGGCGAACAACGCUGCCGCCAACUCCCCCCGACAGAGUCUUGCACGAUCUAGCUAUGAAGCACCUAAGAUGGGCGCAAGCGCCUUCCCAACGCAGGACGAGAUGAUGCCAGAGAUCGGCUUCGGCGUCGAUGACGAGUCCGACAUCGUGACCAAUCCGUCGAUCGUCAAGGGACCCGUCGGGCCGGGCACAUACCAGGGCCGCAGCCAGGAGUCGUUCGAUCAACUUGACCGUGAAGCAACGCCUUCCAAACACUCAUACGGUAAGGCGGCUGCAUUGGGUGCAGGCGCAGGCGCCGCGGCGCUUGGGCUUGCUGCUGCUGGCAAGCGGAACCAGUCCCCAUCUCUUCGAGACGACCAGUACCAAGACGAGUAUGAUCAAGACUAUCUAGGUGAGCAGUCAUAUGCGCCACAGCCGUACUACGGACAAGGGGACCGUACGCCCACAAGGAGCCCCAUGUGGAAAGACGAGGGUUAUUCAUCUGCUAACCAACCUGGAGGCAUCACGCCUGAUCCACGGCUGCGCGAUCGCUCCAAGCUGUUCGAUGACGAUGGUCUUGGGGAUUUCGACGCGGAUAGCCUCGGAGAUGCUGGGCUGUUCGCUCCAGGUGGAAAGCAUGCCCGUCACUUGAGCGGCAACUCCCAUGGCAUGUCGUCGCCUCUCUACGAUGCUUCUACCGGCAAGGGCUUGGAUAACAUCCAGUCCAAGGAUGUCGUAGCUCUCAUGGACCACUUGACCGUCCGCGAUGCACAGCGCAAUGCCCGCGACACCGAGAUUCUCGUCACUUUAGUUCGCAGUGCAGCAGAGAUGCGAAACCAGCUCGAGGAGGUCAAGCAGUUUAUUAAGACUCAGGAUACGAUGAUCAUGAACCAAAACGACAAGAGAGCCGACCUGACGGAACAGCGAAUCCUGGGUGGACCUCGCCCACAACCUCUCGGCUCACCCCGUGUUCCCCGUUCAUCUACAGAGGAUAUUAACGACGUGGAACAGAAGAAGAAGAGUGUGUUCAAGCGCGCCAUCAAGGGACUGGGUAUGAAGGGCGACAAUGACAUCAAGAACAUCGAGAAGAUGCUUGUCCAGCUCUUGGGCGAAGUCGAAGGCCUGAAGCAUGCGCACCAACUGACGCUAGCUCAGCAGGCCACUUCCCAGAGCCUCAACUCGUAUGAGAACCUCAGGGCGAGCGGCGAUCCAGGCUAUGAGCCCGAGGGCCGUGCUGGCACGGCUGGCACUGCUUCUUCGCCAGACCAGUCUACCUACGUGUCCAACCCGUCCUUGCGCCGGAUUCAGGACAUGUCCCAGGGCUUCGAAGUCCACCAGCCCCAUCGCAUCAGCACAGUCGAGGAGGACGAUGAGGAAUACGCCGAGCAUGACGAGCCAUACGAGAACACGGAGCGUAUGACAACACCCACACAGGAAGCUCGCCGCAACAACUCGAUGAGCAUGGAUGCGUCUCCCCAGGCAGCAAGGGCUUACCGCGACUCCGCCAGCCUGGAGAACACGCCCAAACGCAAGCACAAAUCGAACAACUCAUCGAUCUUUGGCAUUCCCAAGAUCUCCCGUUGGUCCAAGACUACCGCGUCUACCAAUCCCGAGAGCCUUCCUCGUAACAGCGGUGGUUCUAACGAGCAGCGUCCGUACUCGAGCGCCUCCCGUUCUGGCUCGCAAAUCAACAUGGCCUUCUACCCUGAAGACCAGUACGAGGUCCAGGAGGACGAUCGCCUGCGGUCAAACGUCUCUCUCGCUCGUGAUGAACAGCGCUCCAUCCGGUCUGCAUCCCCUCUCAUCCCAGAGGAGGAGCCUCAAUAUGUCCUCGAUGACCCCAAGUAUCAGGCGCACCGCAACUCGUUGAACCUACAGCACCCUCAACCGCGCCAAGGUCCAACAGGUCGCCACCAGAACCAUCUCGAGUCUCAGGCUCAGAUCUACGACCCCAACCCGGUCCGCUCGCCUGACUCUUUCGACCAGUGGGGCAGCAAUCCCGCACUCGCCCGCAACCGUCUGUCUGGCGGUGCUCCAGCCGGCAACCUCUCUCCCAUCUCGUCUGAAGGUGGUUACAGCCAGCAUUCGGCAUCUGAUCAGGCGGCACCAGCACGUCCCCCAAAGAUCCGCGACGAUGGACCUUUGAUUCCCCAGCAACCACUUGCCGGUCAUGGCCAGACCAGACAGAUGUACAGUGCUCAGACGGACUACGGCAAUGGUAGUCCAGGCGCAUUGACUCCAUUGGCGCCAAUCCAGGAGGUCCGUUACAGCCUCGAGACUGAUACCGGGCAUCAUUACUCUCCUAGCCCCUCUCCCAGGCCCAACAGCAUGGGUCUCAAUCCCGCAUCGGCCAUGAGCCCACAGCGCAAGAUCACCGGCCCAAGGCCUAUGGGAAGCCGCAGCCCCAGUGGACAGCAAGGUCUGAGUGGCCAGGCCCAACUUCAGCACUCCGAUACUGUGAUCCGCAGGAAGCCCGUCGCUGAUUACGACAACGAGAGUUUGAAGAGCUACCGCAGCAGUCUCGAUUCAGAGAUCUUCUGAGUCACCUAAUUCCUCUGCAUAUCAUGGAAGCAUGUAGACAUUCCCGUCAUCUCUCUGCACGACGCGAACUACAGACGUCGCUCGCGCACACGCUGCAUUUGCAUGGAGAAUCCCGGAGUUUUCACCUCACUGUCGGUACGGUACAGACACCCACCCAAGGAGCAUGCAUUUCUCAGGAAGAUACCUUUCUAUCUCCCUUUUCAUUGUUCCCCUCGGAGUUUAAAGGAUUGUUGGCUUUCCACUUCUUCAUCGGGGAGCAUUACCCAUCAUAUCAUAGCCCUUUACUCGCCCCUUCUAUUCCCGCAGCAGAAAAAACACACCACCACCACCACCACAAUUACUCUAUACACCCCCACUUGUUUUUAAUCGUCUUCUACGAGCAUUAAACGAACACGUCACGAGAUUAUGAUGGUCCUUUUUUCCGUCCGUUCGGUGGAGAGAUGAGUGUGGUCAGUUGGGAGGAGGCCGUAAUUGUCGAGGGA